AUGAAUUUAACCUUCUCUGAUGACCAAAACACUGUCACCUUUAGCAGUGAAGAAUCCAGUGAGAUUUUCCAGGUUAACGGUGACAAUCAUUUACUGGUCCAGUGUUCAGACCUACAUUUUUCCAGGCCUCAGUUGGUCCUUGUUGUUGUAAAAAUGCUAUCAGGCUUUACUCCUGUCAUGUCAUUCAUUGAGGAGCUUGAAAGCAAUGGCCAAGUAACGAAGAGUGAAUUCAAGAAUGACCAUGUUCUUUUCUACCUGGAAAAUGUUUGUGGUACAGCAAAGAGUUUCACCUUCUCCGUUGAGCAGAGUAACCAUGUGUCAAACAUUAAGCCAGCCCCAGUCAUGGUCUACGAUUAUUAUGAAAAAGAUGAAUAUGCCCUUGCUUCUUACAUCAGCAGUGCUUCCAUUUCCCAGUGA